AUGUCUUCUUUCCAAUUCCUUCCUUAUCAGAGGAAUAUUCUCAUAAGAAACGUGGCAUUAAGCUCUCUCAAUUGUCGAAUAACUUGUCGUUUUUCAUACGUUCCCACUCGUAACAUCACUACAAAUCAAAAAAAAUUGAAUGUUCACGUUAGCACAAAACCAAUUGAAUUCACAUCCAAUUUGAUAUUUCAAAAGCAAAGGUUAGAAUCCCUCGCAGAAAAGGCAACGAAUUCGUUAAGAUGUACAGACGACAUAACACCAGAUGAAUCAACUACGACAGGAACACCAGUAGUUAAUACUGCCGCGAUCCCAUUCAACGUAAAACCCGUAGAUCCUCGAACAAGAAAGUUAGAACGUUCCAUAUCAGCUUCUUCAACUCACUCUAUCCAAAAGAGAAUCAUAGAUCCGUAUUUACAAUUGACAAAACCAAGAUUAACUAUCCUAGUCAUGCUAAGUGCUAUUUGUUCGUACGCAUUAUCCCCGUACCCAGCUACAAUAACCCAAUUAACAUGUCUAACCAUCGGAACAACAAUGUGUUCUGGUGCAGCAAAUGCAAUCAACAUGGGUAGAGAACCAGAAUACGACAGACAAAUGACAAGAACACAUAACAGACCAGUAGUAAGAGGGUUAAUCACUCCCACACAGGCAUAUCAGUUUGCUGGAGUCAUGGGAUUCCUUGGAACAACAAUCUUAUACGCCGGGGUGAACCCCUUGGUUGCUUCAUUGGGUGCUUCUAAUAUUGUCCUUUAUUCAUGGAUUUAUACUUCUUUGAAAAGAAAGCAUAUCAUUAAUACGUGGAUUGGAGCUCUUGUUGGGGCAUUACCACCAUUAAUGGGUUGGGCUGCUGCUAGUCCUUUGAGUCAUCCGGGAGCUUGGGUCCUUGCUACUUUAUUGUAUGCAUGGCAAUUCCCUCAUUUUAAUGCCUUGAGUCAUAAUGUAAGGAAUGAAUAUAAGAAUGCAGGGUAUGUUAUGACUGCAUGGAAGAAUCCUAAAUUAAAUGCAAGAGUGGCUUUAAGGUAUACUUUAUUGAUGUUUCCUUUAUGUUUUGGAUUGUCUUAUUUUAAUAUAACAGAUUGGUAUUAUCAAUUUGAUUCGGCAAUAGUUAAUGCUUGGUUAUCUUAUUGGGCUUUUAAGUUUUAUUGGCAACAAAGAUUGAAUUAUUCUAAGGAAUAUUUGAAAGAUAAGACCAAGUUUAAUAAGGGGAUUUCUAUGGCUAAUGUUUAUGCAAGGAAACUUUCGAUGACUAGUGUCUUACAAUUACCUGUUGUACUAUUAUUGGCUAUACUUCAUAAAAAGGGAAGAUGGGAUUGGUUAUUUGAUGAAAAUAAAAAUAAUAACUCUACUGGUAAAAAAUUAAAUUAA